AUGAGAGUGAGCAGGGACAUCGCCGCUACUGCCCUCAAAACUACGCUAGACAACGAGACCCAUUUGGGUGGCGUGGUGCGUCUUACACUGCCUCCCAAGAAGAGGACUAAGGCCAAAGAAGGUAACGUUGUCAUCCUCGGGGAUCUUCAAGUCCCAGACAGUCACCUAAAGAUUUUGAAAAAAGGACCUAAGUUCUGCCUCGAGCCCAUGCUCAGAAGAGUAGACAAGUUGGUCAUGUCGAGAUCCAUCUCACGAGCAACACCGGAAGAGGACAGACCAAGGUGCGUUUUCGCGGCAAAAACCCAUAAGCCAGGCGUCCCGUUUCGCACCAUAGUCUCCGAGCGGAAUUCUUGGUUACACGCAAUUUCGGGCUUUUUGCAAAGGCACCUCGACUCCCUACAUAUUGUAGACCCAAUGUGCGUCCCCAAUUCCAAGGCGGUUGUUGACUUUCUAAAUGUCAGUAACCCACACGGAUGUAGCGCGUUCAGCAUCGACGUUGAAGAAUUAUAUUAUUCCAUGCCACACGACGACCUCAUGGUUAGUGUCAAGGAGUGCAUCACAGAACACAACGACGAAAGCGCCUUCAGGACGCGAUGCGGGAUUACGAUAGAAGACUUUCUCGGACUCCUGUCCGUUUAUUUAAAGUCCACACUCAUCGGAUGGCAGGACAAGGUGUACAUACAGAAGUCUGGCGUAUGCAUAGGCUCUAGAGUAGCUCCUGUGCUCAGUAACAUCUUCCUGGGCAAGAUCGAUCGGGAUCUUGAACCCUGCUUGGAGAAAAACACCAAAAAAGUGUUUAGGUACGUAGACAAUUAUUUGGUGUUCGUUGAGAGGGCUAAUUUCCAGCAGAAGCUUGACGAUGUGCUGAAGAUCUUCACGGAAAAGGGGCUAGGACUUCACUUCACCUAUGAAGCCCCAAAACAGAACCUCAUUCAGUUCCUGGAUCUCCGCAUCGAAGUGGGGGACGAUCAUGUUUGCUGGUGUGACAGUCCCAGAACAGCGAAGGCUCUUCUUAACUUUCAAUCAGCCCACUCCAAACUCGUCAAACAAGGCAUCGCAUUUGCCUGUCUGAGGACUGCUCUAACAAGCACAUGCAUCCACAAUUUGAAUUCCAGCUUCAUGUCCCAAAUUCAACGGCUCAAGGAUUCGGGAUAUCCUAAUUCGGUCAUUUCUUCAGCUUGCGAAAAAAUCGUGAAACACCUUAAAACAGAACCCGCGAUCGAGCAACGUGACCUCGAGCAGAAAGAGAAAAAGAAAACCUCAGUCAUACCGUACAUCCACCGCCUUUCCCACGGACUCAAGAAAGUCGCCUCAAGAUACAACGUGAAUGUUGUUUUUUCCGCCCGCCACAAGCUCAGCUCUGUGUGUUCCGCAGUCAACAAACGCGCGAGAAAUAACGAUCCCAAGUCUCACAGCGGCUGCAGCAUCAAACACGGAAUGCAGUUUGUCGCCUGCAUAGAAGGCGUGGUCUACAAGAUUCCGUUUUCCUGCGGGCGUGCCUACAUAAGACAGACUGGGCGUUGCCUCAACAUAAGACUACGAGAACACCACAGUUCU